AUGGACGCCUCAUUUUUAUCAGAUAUAGACUACAAUCAGACUUAUGUGGAUGAGCAUUUUUACUUUGAGGACAGUAUUGAUGGUUUUGGCAUCACCAUGGCCAUUCUCUACUUGGUGGUUUGCAUCCUGGGACUGGCUGGGAACUCCCUCGUCAUCGUCACCAUUUUGAAAUUAGACAAAAUGUCAUCUUCCACAACAGUGUACAUUUUCAACCUGGCCCUGGCCGACGGACUCUUCAUGAUUGGUCUGCCUUUCAUAGCGAGCCAGAACUUCCAGAACCACUGGAUGUUUGGCGACAUGGCGUGCAAAGUGGUAAUGGUGCUGGACGGCAUCAACCAGUUCACCAGCGUCUUCUGCCUGACGGUGAUGAGCAUCGACCGCUACAUGGCACUGGCCAACCCGCUUCGGUUUGCACGUUGGAGAACACCGCGCUGCGCCAAGAUCGUCUCGGCAUUCCUGUGGCUGUUCUCGCUCCUCACCAUUCUCCCCAUGGCGCUUCACUUCUCAGCCGAUCGAGGCCUGUGUAUACCAGAUCUUGACUCGGACGCCUGGUGGCUCGGCGUCCUUUCUUACACCUUCAUCAUGGGGUUCGCUUUGCCAUUUAUGGUGAUGAUGGUAUCUUACGUGGCGCUGCUGCUCACCCUGAGGUCCCAGCGACUCCGCACCUCAACGCCGAACCAAGAGAGCCAUCGGCUGGAGCGUCAGGUCACUAAAAUGGUGGUGGCAGUGGUGGUUGUGUUUGGCAUAUGCUGGCUGCCGUUUUACACCUUCAACUUCUGCUCCUUGCAUCAGAGUGGCCUGGUCCUGACUUUCACCAGAGCUUUUGAGUUUGUGGUCCUGUUGUCGUACUCGUGGAGUUGCGCUAACCCCAUCCUCUACGCCUGCCUCUCCGACACUUUCAGGAGGCACUUCCGCACCCUCCUCUGUCCCGCCGACAAGUCACCUCCCAGCAUGCCGUGCAACACUGAACGGUAUGACCUAAAUGACACAGGUGUGCGGGAUGUCACCAUUCUGGCAUAG